UUCUUGCAGAUUUACACAAAGUAUCAAGUAACGCAUCGCGCUGCGACAGAAGCUUUCCAAAAUAAUUUCUGGGCACGGCAACCAUGGCCAUCACAGAUUUUCGAUCAUUUCUCAUAGCUCUGCCAAAAUGUGAACACCACAUGCAUCUUGAGGGCGCUCUAUCUCCUGCAAUUCUGUUCCAAUUGGCCGCCAAGAACAACAUUAUCCUGCCUGCCGAUGACGCCGCUUUCGCCUCUACGGAAGCUCUAUCGAAGCGCUACAACGACUUCUCAUCCUUGGAUGAUUUCCUCCACUACUAUUAUAUCGGCAUGAGCGUGUUGAUCGACGCUUCAGACUUCGAGGCUCUCGCCUGGGACUACUUCCAACAUGCCAGACAGGACGGGGUCAUGCACGCCGAGCUCUUCUUCGAUCCACAGGCGCACCUGGAGCGAGGCGUGACAUUCGCGACUAUCCAGGCUGGUUUUGAAGCCGCGCGGCGGCGCGCUAACUCAGAGCUGGGAAUCUCGAGUGAAUUGAUCUGCUGUUUCCUUCGCCACCUUCCGGCUGCGCAUUGUGAGGCGACGUUUGCUCAUGAGGAGCUUCAAGCUAGUCUGGGCCAGGGCCACUUCAUCGGAAUCGGCCUGGACUCAAGCGAGCUGGCGUUUCCACCCGAGUUGUUCAAAUCACUGUAUGCCGAUGCCAAAGCAAGAUCUUUAAGACUUACCGCUCACGCGGGCGAGGAAGGUCCAGCGGAAUACAUUGCCAAUGCGCUGGAGCACUUGGAGGUCGAGCGGAUCGACCACGGCAUCCGUCUUGCGACAGAUGCCGCUCUGAUGUCCAAGGUCGCCGAACGAGGCAUCAUGCUCACUGUCUGUCCCUACAGUAAUCUCUACCUGCGAUGCGUCACAUCGAUCGGGGAUCUGCCGAUCCGGACAUUUCUUGACGCUGGCGUGAAGUUCUCUCUCAACAGCGACGAUCCCGCUUAUUUCGGCAAUCACUAUAUUCUAGACAACUACAUGGCCGUUCACGAGGCAUUUGCGCUAUCUGUGGAUGAGUGGGCGCUUGUUUGUGAGAACGGCAUCCGUGGUAGUUGGUGCAGCGAUUCUCGCAAGGAUGCCAUGUUGGAUCGUCUCCAGCAGACGAUCGACCAUUGGCGAAAUGAGGGCGACCAGGCUUGAUACUUUUAUGCCGCAUUCUUCCCGUAUUAAGCUGAACUCGUUUUAAUCAACGCACGCGAUCUGGCAUUCGUCAAUCUUGAGAUCCAAUACAUCCAAGUCGAUCACUCCUUAAACGCCGUGUCUCGUCCCCAGCAAGGAGACUACGCGAGUAGUACAGAGCAAGAUGAACGUGUAUCGUGAAAGCCGGGAGUUGGAAGCAACAUGGAGUGGCUUGCCUACCGACUUAAACAUACGUAUAAGGAGCGACUUGGCAGAUGACCAAGUCGUGCGCAGUAAGCAAGUAGACACACACGAAGUGAAGAC